AUGGACAUUAAUACGAUGACAUCAACAACAGAUAUAGAUUUUUAUGUGGAUAGUCGACCGAUGAACGAUGAGGAAUUAACUAAAUUACACGAAUCAACAUUACAAAUGUUUCGUUCAAAUAAAAUUGGACCAAAGAAUGCAUUUGAUAUUGUACUUAUUGAUUAUUUACCUGCUAUAUUUGAAGCCACAAGUUUUGAUGAUGAUCAUAUGAAUAAUUUUCAAUCUGUUGGUACAACACUUGAAACAUCAGCAAAAAUCUAUGCUGCUCGUAUCGACUCACUCUAUUCGGAAACACGUAAAGCUCAAUCAAUACUUCGUUCAACAAAUGAAAACAUUUAUCGAAUGCUUGACGAUGACGAUAACAACGAAGGUGAUCAGAAUGAAGGCGAUUUUACGGAACGACGAGUUUCAAAUAAUAAAAAAAUUCGUUUAUUAAUGAAACGAAAAAAGUCUAUUGUUACUGAUCGUAAUAAGUUACUUCGAAAAAAUCGUAACGAUGAAUUUCGACCAAUUAUGAUAAAUCAAUUUUUUUUAUCAGCUAUGAACAAUGAUAAUAUUCUAUUAAGUGAACUUUAUGAUAAAGUAAAUACAUCGAUCACAAUAAAACCAAAUAAAAAAACUGUCAAAGAAGAAAAUGAUUUACUAUCAGCAAGUCUUUUUUCACAUGAUUUCGUUUGUGAUUCAUUAUCAAUUGAUACAACAAAUUCAUCAUUACUAUCAAGCGACAUUGAUCUUUCUUCGACAAUGGAUCUGAAUUCAACUAUUAAAUCGAGUCAAUUAUUAACACCAAACAGUCUCAUAUCGUCAAAUACAAUGAAUCUCUCUAGUACACCAAUCAGAUCACGUACAAAUAGCCUGUCAAGUAAUUCCAGCAUUCUCACGAAUGCUGCCAAUCUUCUUACAGAUAUACCAAAUGAAUAUUCGUAUCUUGAUUCAACCAAAGUUAAUGCAUUUAUUAAUGAAAUCAAUAAUAAUAAUGCUAAACUUGACGAUUUGAUGAUAUCACCAUUAAAACUAAUUCGAAAACGACGAUUAAGUAUCGAAUAUCCAUUUCCAUUUCUUGUUGAACAAGCUAAAAAGCAACGUAUGACACCUAAAAAAUUACGUGAACAACUUUUAAAACAAAAUUUAUUAUUACGUCCACCAUCACCUGAAUAUGAAUUUUCACCAUUCGACACAAUGAAUGAUUGUAAUGAUUUCAUUCUACCAUUGCCGUCUAAUAAUUCUAAUGAUGUAAUGAUAUCAAAUUCUCAAACUAUAUCAAAACGACAACGUGCAAUCGAUUUUCGACAUUUACAAACUAAUAUGCAACAAAUUAUAUUUAAACAUUUUGAAAUAGAUACAAAUUUAGUUUUUAGUGAAGUUUAUUCAAAUAUUCAUCAAGAUGAUCAUCAACAAAUAUCAUCAUCGGAUAUUGGUAUUUGUUUUGCUGCUUUACUCAAUAAUUCUGUAAGAUAUCAACUUAACCUUGAGUCAAAUGAUAUUCGAGAUGAUAUUCGUAUUUUACCUCCUGUAUUUAACAAUAAAGAUUAA